AGACCAUCCGCAACGGCGGUCUGUCACGAAUCCUUAACCUUCUCUUUCUUCUGUAAUGAAAUAUAAUAAUAAUAUUUUGGUUUAACUAACCAAGGAUCAAUCCUUCAAUAAGGAUUAGAAGGACUUGAUCCUUAUCCUUCUCUUUCUUCCUCUCUCUCUCUAUCUCUCCUCUCUCGCUCUCUCCCAAUCUCUCCGCUCGCACAUCCUGAUCAGAUGCGGAAAGUUCAGCUUCGGUUUCGAUCCCUUGAGCUGAAACGCCGCUCGGUCGUACGCCACCGCCGCAUCCUCCGGCGUCUCGUAGGUCCCGAGCCACACUCUUGCUCCGUUCUUCUUCGGGUUCCGGUAGAAAACGGGCGGAUUGACGCCGUUAUUGACGGAAUCAGAACGACUUAUGUACAAGAACGAGUCAACAUGGUUCAGGACGACCAGGCUCCAAAGUCAGGUGGUUUAGAUCUUCUAGCAACGAGUCUAGGUACAUCAACACUAUCACCUUUGAAGCCAAGGAAGGUUCUCCCACUCUUGUCAUGGUUCAUGGAUACGGUGCUUCUCAAGGUUUCUUCUUCCGUAAUUUUGAUGCCCUUGCCUCUCGAUUCAGGGUCAUCGCUAUUGACCAACUUGGGUGGGGUGGAUCAAGUAGACCUGAUUUUACGUGUAAAAGCACAUAAGAAACAGAGGCGCACACAAGAUGGACUGGCGAGAAUUUGGAAAACCAUGUUGAUGUCAAGAAUGUUCUCGUUGACAUGGGAAUCUACUUCCAAGUGCAGGUAGAAGAGUUUAGUUGCUAUGUAUUUCAUGAGUGCUAUUUGAUGUCAGGAAGUAAUUCGUUAUCUAUUUGUGUGUGUAUUUGUAGGAUGACUGUCUGAAUUGUUAUUGUUCUUGUUCUU